AAAUAAAGAGUUGUGUGUUAAUUUUCUAUUUAUUUAUUGAUAUGGAAACAUUGUAAACAUUUUGCGUGAAUGAAUGACACAUAUUCUUGACGGAAUCUGAAACUCAAAAUAAAAAUUUAAUAAUGGUGGAUCGUUUGGUAAAUAGUGAGGCAAAUGCAAGAAGAAUUGCUAUGGUGGAGAACUGCUUCGGCAGUUCGGGACAGCCCUUGGCAGAACAGGGCAGAGUUCUUGUGGGUGAGGGUGUCUUAACCAAAAUGUGCAGGAAGAAACCGAAAGCUCGCCAAUUCUUCCUCUUUAAUGACAUCCUGGUCUACGGAAACAUUGUUAUAAACAAAAAGAAAUGUAACAAGCAACACGUCAUUCCACUAGAAGAAGUGAAACUGGAGGCUUUAAAGGAUGAUGGUCAAUAUCGCAACGGCUGGCUUAUCCGCACGGCGUCCAAGUCGUUCGCGGUGUACGCGGCCACGGCCACCGAGAAGGAAGAGUGGAUGGCGCACAUAGAGAAAUGCAUAGAGGAUUUGCUCAGGAAAAGUGGAAAGCAACCGCCGUCGGAGCAUGCCGCAGUAUGGGUGCCCGACAACGAGGCGUCCAUCUGCAUGCACUGCAAGAAGACACAGUUCACCGUCCUCAACAGGAGACAUCAUUGUCGCAAAUGCGGGUCGGUGGUGUGCGGGCCGUGCUCGUCGAAGCGCUACGUGCUGCGCGGACAGAGCGAGAAGCCGCUGCGCGUGUGCCUGCAGUGCUACGACGAGCUCACGAGGGAGCGCGCGCGCCCCAACCAGCCCGACCAGCCCGCCAACACGCCCGUGAAACCGUCGUCGGACAACGCCGGCUCGGGCGGAGACUCGUCGGCCGACGACGACAGCGACGACGAGGACGACCGCACCGAGGAGAAGCAUGAUGAGGGAUUUAGAAGUUAUAAUGGUGUCAAAAAUGGAUUUGGAAGUAAAGUCACGACAGUAUAGUACAAAUUCAGAUUGACCAAAAUUCUAUAGUGAUGGUGAUAAGACUGAAGAGACCAACAACCAUUCGUCCAAGGAUUCCGCCAAGUGAACUGAUGUUAGAGUUAGCUCCAAACUUAUCUUACCAAAACCUUUAAAAGGACCUUAUAAACAGAUUUUAAGUGAUUUUCGACCUUAUAAUCAAGGUAAAGUUUAUAAUAGUUGUAAACUAUUUUUCAAUAGGGUUGUUGACACAUGUUUAAUUUUAUAACUCAAUAGUUAAAUAGAUAGAAAAUGAGCAAUUUAUCACAAUAAAUUGGAAACUUAAAAAAUAUAUGGGAAUAAUAAAAAAAAUACAAGACCUCAGUUUCAAAAUUUAAUUUUGUUUUUAACUUCCUAAUAGAAAACAAAAUGGUACCAUUCGAUUCCUGACCUUACAUUUUAUGAAAAAAAAUUCCUUGUUUUCCAUACAUCGAAACGGCUUCCAAGCAAUAGCGACGUUACAUGGUGACGUCACGAUGUAUUGCCAUUUUGUUAGAAGCGUUUCGUCAGUAAAGUGCGGGUGCCAGACUUUGACCAUCAUUUGUGACUUUUGUAUUGCUUUAAGACAAUGGAUCCCAUACAGACAUUAAAUUUUGAUCCUCAAAACAAACCUGAUCGACUGAUACCAUUAAUAAACCAUAAUGGUCAAAUACCCUAUUACUAACGUGACCAUCUUGAAUGUAUCUUUCUUUAAGUUUUGGUGAGAUAGGUUUAGUAAUCUAUUUAUUGGCCCCCGAAGACCCUGUAAUGUAAUUGAUACCAGUAGAUUACAUUGUCCCCAAUCAAGUUAAUUAUUAUUUAUAGGGCGCCUAGAAUAGGACUGUUUAACCUAAAAGAGCAAAGUAAAAUAUUCACAAGUCUUAUGAACAGGAUUCAGCAAAGGCUUUUUUAUUUAUUUCUUAUCUGGUGAAAUUUGUUGAUGGAUAAAUCCAUAUCAUUUUCUAUGUAACCACAAUUUUACUAAUUUCUUUUACCACAAUAUGUGUACAAAAUUUUGUAAAGAAUGUUCAGUGCUCUAAAGUCCUCAGACAAAUUCUAUUAAAUGUUGUUACAGCACCGAAAAACGUAAAUGGCAAAUUAAAUGUUGCAUUACUACGAUAACAUUGAUAUAGUACUGAAACCAAUAAAUGGAUGAAGAUACUUCAAAUUUUAGUUCAUGGGUGUUUUCUGUAUUCUAUUACAUAAGUUUUGAUCAAAUAUUCGUUUAAGUACAAUUUGGAACAUUUAAAAUUUGUCUCAUAACAACUGACUACUUAUCAAAGUGUUUUUAACUUUAUAUCGAUUUUUAAACUGAGACUUGAUCGAAGCAUAAAACAUCAUUUUCAGUAGAAAAUGCACGAUUACAAUCUAAACCAAUGUAGUUAGAUAAAUAUUAAACUUAUCUUACUUUUUUCUGACUGAAAUACGUUUCUAUAAGACAAGGUCUAAGUAAAUUUCUUAAAUACUUCAACAAUUUGUACUUUAAUACACUUUAUUGUAACUUUUCAUUGAAUGAGGAUGUAAAUAUUUGGAAUUACUUUGUAUCGGUUUGGCUUCCAGCUUUAAUGUCGCUCAAACAAACCGAGACGGCAGGUUUUAUUUAAUUCUAAUUUAUUUAACAAACAAUACCUUAACGUGGUACUAACAGAAGUUAACUUUAAUCCUUAGGUUAAGUCAUAAUGUUAUGUCGAUCAUUACAUAUUUAAUAUUCUACAUGAGUUAGCAUAUUUUAUUAUAAACUUUAUUAUAGUUUAUAUUUUGCUAUUUUUAUUGUUAAUUAUUGCGGAUUGGUUUAAGAAUUAGACUUGAAUUGGAGAUUCAAUAGGUAUGAUAUUUACAGGGUUUAAACGUUACGCAGUUUCUAACUUUAUUAUUAAAUUUUGGAUAUUAUACUGGUUUGCUGCUAUUAGAAUAAUUGAUGAAAAAUUUAAUUUGGCUAGUUUUUAAAUCAAUCCGUACAUUGUAAAGUAAUUGUCUAGAAUCGUAUGUAUAUCAGUUUUUUUUUAGAAAUUAAGAGGUGCAUUGAGUAGCGUAAUUUGUUUCAUUCAGAAACACGAUAUGAAUAGUUUAUUUGCAAAACAAAAAAAUAUUAAAAAUCGGCCUAUGUAACGUGGCCUAAGUGUUAGCUGUUUUCGUUUCGCGAAAUAUUGUUAAGCAAAAUUAUUUUAAGAUAUUGUUUAAUUUUCAGUUGACAAAUAUACAAUAAUAUUUUUA